AGGUACACAUGCUUGCAUAAAGUUGAUAUGCAUUAACGUUAAUAAUUGUUUUAAUUUAUUUAUAUUGCACUAUUUAGCGCUCAUGCAAAGUAACAGUUUUACUUACUAUAUUUUAUAUAAUCUGCUUGGUUAGGGUUGGUUAGGGACCAUCCCUUGCAUAAGAUACCAAAAUAUGUAUUUGGUUACUUAUUGUUAAUUGUACAUGAAAUGUGGCUGUGUGUGACCGCUGGCUUAGACUCCAUCUUUAGGAUUAUUAUAUCUAUGAUAAAAACCAAAUGACUACGAUGAGAGUUGACUUGGAUUACAUAUUACAUCUAAUAAAUUUCCUACAACAAAUUGUCAUAGCUGUAGAGCCCUUCCAAGAGACAGUAUUGGCUGUUGAAUUAGUUUCCUGAGUCCGUUCGAUAAAAAUGAAAUAAAGUUUAAACCUCUAUGGUUUACUUAGACAGCUCGCAACACCAACAGCUCGGCUCGACUCGAGAGAGCUCGAGAUCCAAAAUCAUUUAUUAUUUUGUUGAAAUCUGACUUGCGCUCGUCAUUCGGUGAUUUUAGGCGGCUGAGAAAUUAUUAAAGUGAAAAGUCUUCGGCGGCUUAAAGCUUAAUAUCGAACAAUUUAUUUAUUUAAAACAAUUGUAUCUUAGGCGAGUGGCUUUACUUUCACAGCACAAUCUAAGUUUCUUGUUUUAAAUUUGUCGUUUUAAAGGUAUUUCAUUGUAACGUGAAAGAUUUUAGUCUAUUCUGUUUUAUUAUUUCUUAAACAUAAGUGAUUCGGUUUGUGCUUGUUCUGUUGAAUCGAUAUUGUAUCAGUGCAAUAACCCUAAUUGUUCUGAAAUGAGUGUGCGUAUUCUGUUUUCCUUAUGAGAAUGACACAUUUGCUUUUAUUAUAAUGGGUUUAAUUAUCUGAUAAAGUUUAGAGGGUUUAUUUAGUUACUUUAAAUCAAUUGCAACAAUGGGCAAGUUCUCUGGUAAGAAAUGCCGGCUGCUCUCCAUGCUGUGGCUGACAUGCAGCUUUUUCUUUGUGGAGCUGAUUGUCGGCUACGUCACCAAUUCCAUGGCACUAGUGGCAGACUCGUUUCACAUGCUGAGCGACGUCGCUGCGCUUGUCAUCGCUUUCUUGUCUGUUAAAAUGUCACCAAAGAAAUGGUCAAAGAACACCUUCGGCUGGGCCCGCGCAGAAGUCCUGGGGGCUCUAGUAAACGCCGUGUUCCUCGUGGCGUUGUGCUUCAGCAUCACGGUUGAAGCCGUCAAGCGCUUCUUCGACAACGACUACAGGAUACACAACGAGAAGCUGCUGGUCGCAGUCGGCACAUUGGGAUUGGUGCUCAAUGUUAUAGGGCUAUUUUUGUUCCACGAACACGGCAGCAGUCACGGGCACUCUCACGGUGGCGUGCCGCCGCCGGCCAACGUGCGCCACCUGACCGAGAUCGUGAACAGCAACGCCGACAUGGCGCUCGGCCACAACGCCGCGGACGAGGAAACGGACGAGAUGGUCGCCCGCAGCGCACCGCCCAACAACAACAAGCCGCCCUGCCGUCAGACCACGGACCCUGGACAUAUGAACAUGAAGGGGGUGUUCCUGCAUUUAUUGUCCGACGCGUUAGGUUCCCUCAUAGUAGUCGCGUCGGCAUUAGUAGUAUGGCUCACCAGGUGGCCCUACAGAUACUACCUCGACCCCGCACUUAGUUUAGUCUUAGUUAUCCUGAUUCUCUUGUCUGUGUGGCCUCUGCUCAGAGAAUCUGCUUUAAUUCUUCUGCAAACUGUACCUACACAUAUUCAGGUGGACGCGAUACAGCGCCGCCUGUUGGAGAAAGUGGACGGCGUGUUGGCCGUACACGAGUUCCACGUCUGGCAGCUCGCCGGUGAUAGAAUAAUUGCCAGUGCCCAUAUACGGUGUAGAAACUUGUCAGAGUAUAUGAAGAUAGCGGAGAAGGUGAAGGAGUUCUUCCACAAUGAGGGAAUCCACUCCACCACUAUACAGCCGGAGUUCGUUGAGAUACCCUUAGACGGGAAUGAGGUGUUGACCGGCAACGCGGGCGAGGCGCCGUGUGCGCUGCACUGCCCCGCCGACGACCUCUGCCACAACGCCACCUGCUGCGGACCCAACCAGCAGGAGCGAACGACACCAUCCCCUGCAGUGACGCCGUAUCUUUGUAGGCAGAGGAAUAUGGGGUCCAGGACGGAGUCCAUGAACUCCGCAUUGGCGGCGGCGGCGUCUGGCGCGAACUCGACUAGGCAUUUAGACGCUUUGGAGUGCGGUUCUCUGCUGCCGACGCCGGCGGUCCAAGAUGGCCGCCUGGCCGUCUGACAGCCGCUGCGCAUCGCCGCGAUAUCCUAAGUUCACUGAAUCAAGUGCCGCGGUAACACAACCAUUAAACUGAACCGUUUACAGCCGGAAAAGACUACAUGUGAAAAUCUCCUGUGUGAACAUACGGUGGGAUUGCGUUCGGCACUGUGAUCCUUGCGGCACCGUUGUAGUACAAAAUAAGGAAUCCCACCGCAGCGAUCCAUCCCGUGAGGUGUGCCGAACUUAAUAUGUAAGAUUUUCAAUACGAUUUUCUGUCGAGCGAAUUAUGUUAUUCUGCUGCUGUUGUAGCAAUAUCACUAGUUAACUAGGCGCUGGCAUAUCAGCCUCAGAUCCAGUCCUCUUCACAAGUAAACUCAAUGAAAAUGACGUUAUCUAAUCCUCAUGAACGAGCAUUCGUUUUUCAAAUACAUUUCCAGCCGAAAUGGAACUUUUAGUCAUAGAUAUGGCUAAAGUGCACAGUAACGAAAUUGGUCUAUGGCGUUAGUUUAUUAGUGGUUGACGUUGCGGUAUUUAUUAUAAUAACGGUCAUAAACCUGUAUACACAAAACUUAGAUUACAGUUCUUGGAUAAUGGUAAAAAAUGUAUAUAUGUUUAUGGCCGUGACUGCUAUGGCUAUGUCGAUGUUAAAGUAUGUGCAAUGUUGCUAGGCCCUAGUGUGGAGGAUUUGCGAAAAAACUGAAGUGAGUCUUGGUAUCUUCAUAAUCGAUCGCGCAGGCGUAUCUUAAGAAAUAAGCGAUUCAAUGGAAAUCUACUGAUUUAUUUCCGGUUAUAAGUAAAAGUAAGUAAUUAAAGCUUUGGUGUAUUUUUAGCACGGUAAGACUAAAGUGAGCUAUGGAGUCGUUGUUAACAUUAAAAUGAAAGUCGUACUCAUACUCAUUCUCAUUGAUUAAGUUCGUCUGGAUCGUUUUAAAAUAUUCUGACCACUUAUAUGUGAUACUGCUUACAUAUAUGUAAUUAAAUUUUACAUUAUAAAAAUAUAAUAAAUAUUACCUAUAUUGCAGUCUCAUCGCUCCAAUAUUUUAUAUAAGUAACUAGAAGUAGAGUACAUACCAUAUUGUUGCGAUAUAGAACUAUACAUAUUCAAUCAAACUCAUUCCUACAGCUACGUGUUCUAUGGAUAUUGAUUGUUCUAUGGAUUUAUUGUAGUAUCUGUAUAUUAUUUGUUAUUCGUCAAUGAAGAUGGUGUUGUAUUUUUUAUAGUUAUUAUUUAUUUUAUGAAUUACAUCAAUGAGGAUGAGUACGAGUAUGACUUUAAUUUUAAAGUUAACAACGACUCCAUAGCUCACUUUAAUCUUACCGUGCUAAAAAUACUCCGAAGCCUGGUAAUAAGUAUAUAUUUAGAUAAUCUGGCUAUUCUUACUACUUACCAUAUAUAAAACACUAGUAGGUAGCGAUUAUGAUUUAAUUGGUCUGAAAAGAAUGAUGUUUUGGUCCCCAGAACAAGCUGUUGGUCAGCAAACGUCUAACCUAACCCUUGGUGACCAUCUGAUUUAUCUGCUGACCAAAAUAUAUUUUUAGUACUUUUGUACAGUGUACUGCAAAAAAAUAUGGAAUUCAUUUAUAAAAUAGAUUUUGCAGCUAGGUGCCCAUUAACAACACAUUUAAUAAGAGAGUAAAUCACGCAAGCACACAGGUCUAAAGUUCAUAGACAGUUUCAUGCUGUACCGCUGUUGUCAUGUUGUGCGUGUGCCGUCUCUCUCCAUGAUUCUAUACCUACACCUCUCUUCGGAGCCCUUAUUUUGUAUAAUUUCGCAUUUACAUUGUUAGUCAGGUCUACAUGUAUUAUAUAUCGUGACGUAUUGUUGGUUUUACCUAUUUUAUUUAGGUAUAUGAAUUAUGAACUAUUGUCUUUAUUUUGUGUACGAGUUAGAGGACGAAUGUCUUCGAAGUUUGAAUGCCGAUAGAAUAAACACUAAAAUCUAAUUAUAUUUUAGUAUUUUAUAUUUUUAUCCCGCUUUUAAUUAUUUUAUUCCUGCUUUCUGGUAUACAAUACCAAUGAUUAUUUUUUUAUUUUCACUAGAGGCUACGAAUAUAUAUGAUGUAUUUCAUUAAAGCAUUUGCAUGAACAAAUGUGCCUAAAUCAUUAAUUACACUUUUUUUGAUUGUACGCGAUUUAGAGUAAGCAUUGCUCUAUCGGCCGUGAUGAAUAAUAUUAUUAACCACGUUAUUAUUAGCUUAUAAGUUUAAGGAUAUAUCCGUACACGGCGGGAAGACAAUUCGAAAUACAAAAUUGAAGAAAUUUUAACUUUAUGUAAUUCUAUUUUGUGUUCAAUUCAACUUCUUCCCUCCGUUUACGGAUAUAUUCUCAAAGUAAUAGUAGUUUAUGUGACUGCUACAUAAUAAAAGGCAUUAAAAUACACGAGUGUGGGUUCAAGAAACGAACGAAUUGAAUUUCUUAAAAGGACCAAGGACAGGACAAGGAAUUUUUUAAUGCCUAAUUAUGUACAGUUACAUACACUAUUUUAUCUACGCACAUAUAAACUUUCUAUAUAUUCAGUAACCCAAAUUACAGCCAACGUUGGAGCAUCGUUGCUCUCUUGGCGGAACUCGCGGAUAUAUGGUGGCGUCUCCGAAAUAUCUGUAUAGCUAAUUUUACACGAAACUUUUGCUCUAGUUUUAUACUUAAAACUAAUGAAAAGAUAAACUGUACGUCCAAUGGCGGUAAAUGAAAACUUUUCACGCAUGUCACGUAUCCGUAUUUUUUUUAAUUAAGAGGCAAACUAGAGUCGAGGGCCUAUUUUCGUAUCAUUCGAUACAAACUAGCAUGCGAGAUUUUUCGAAAUUGUAUGGAAUUGACAUUUUAUUUCGAACAAAAAGGUAUCACGACUGAUAUUAGAAUAGAGGUCAAAUCGAAUUGCCUUUUUUUCAUAGAUGUUCCAAAUUUUAAUGUCAUUACCAAAUCGAUUUUGAUGUAGGAAUGAAGCAAUUACAACAUUUUCACAGAUAAGAAAUUAGUUGUAACAAAACAGUUUAUCGUAAUGUUGGCCAUUAUUUACGGAUUUUGAAGACAUAGAGGGUUUAUGAUAUGUGUGUAGAUAAAAUACAUAACAAGUUACAUAGUUACAUGAGAACAGUGGGUAAACAUUUUUGGUAUGUAUUUAUUAACUUAAAUAUCAGUACAUGCAUAAUAGAACAGCUCGUGUGUUGAGGACGAAAUAGUUAUAGCUACAACAAUAUUGAUGAUUCCUACAAAUAUUAUAGCUUUUGACCAAAAGUUACACACGGAAUUAGAUAGUAUUACCGUAAGAUAUGCUAACGAUGUACAACUAGUAAUACACCAAAACUAUUAAUGUUAUAAACUAGUAUUAUCUAGUGUUUGAUCGUUCUAUACUUGUUUACUAUUAUUAAUAUAUACAAUGGUAUUUAUCAAUUAUAUUGAUUUCAUUCUCGUCGUCUCCAUUAACAUCGAUUUUGUGUUGAAGUACCGUUUAAUCAAUAAUAAUACUGGCGUAAGCACACUUAUUCCCGAGGAACACUUUUUCAAGUAAAAAAAAUACUAAAAUAUUUAUUAUAUAUAUAUAUACAGGAUGAUUCAGGAAACGUGAGCAGGAUCAAGCCUGCAUAUUCUGUAAAUUAUCAGCAACUGUUUCGUACCAGUAUUUGUGAGAUUAACGUUAAUCUAAUUUUUACUGUUAAAAUAAAGAGUUUUAUUUUAUUUACGAUAUUAAUGGUCACCCUCUUUGUUUUAUCCAUAAUAAGUGAAAAAUGUCAUCGGAGUGUGGUUACUUUUAUAAAAUCGUAUCACACUCAAGUGUGACAUAUUAUUGUCUUCAUAAUCAAAGUGCUGUCAUAACGGUUAAAGAGGUUUUAUCUUUGUUAAUUAAGUGUUGUAGAAUGUCCAUGAUUGUAGAUAAUCAAAUUUGUCCUUAACAAAAAGUUAAAUAACAGAUAAAAAGCGUGAUUGUUUUACUUAAAUAUGAUGAUGAACGAUUUAUUUAACAUUUACUGAUUGUGUAGGCUUAGUCCUGCUCACGUCUUAUGAAUCACCCUGUAUACAUCUAGUCUAAUCUUUAACUCGUAAAAUACUUGUUUCUGAUUUAUAAUCUAUUUCAGAGCCCCGAGUGUAAAUUUAUUCGAUAGCGAAACGUGACGUACGCGUUUGCUUUAAGUGUCAUUUUGUAGGUAUGGGAUUUUGAGUUUCCAAAACGUCCCGCUUGGCGCGCUGUUUCUAAAUCUCAUACAAAAUGAGACUUAACGCAAACGCGUACGUCACGUUUCGCUAUCGAAUAAAUUUACACUACGGGUACUGGUCUUCUUAAUUAUUCACUUUAAACGCUAUUUUAAAAUAUAAAUACGAUCUAGACCUAAUUAUGAUAAAGACUUUGUUUAAAUAGUACCUAAACCUUGUGCGCAUUUUUAGAAACAGUUAAAUAUAUGAAUUUAUUAUUAUAUCUUGGCAAUAUUUUAUUUGGCCUUCGACAUGUUGCGGAUUUUUGCGGAGCGAAAGUUCCAUAAGUGCAUCUCGUUCGGUCGGUCAUCCGGCCCCUCCCCCCAAUUUCAUCUCUAUAUUAUUGUACCUCUAUGCGCUGUCAUUACCGGUACUGACAUUUUAUUUGACUAUACAUGACGUACGCCCUUGCCAUGUGAAAACUGAUUGUAGUAACACUAGAUAGGGCUACAUAGAAUCUUGUCAAGCUUUAUUUAUUUAUUUAUUUUAUGGUAUGUUAUGAAAUAGAGAACGACCUAAAAUAUGAGAACUGUUUCUUAUACUUAAAAAAUGUGAUCAUAUUUCAUAGAUUAAGGUAGGCCGUGCGGCUGUGGCAAGGCAUUAGUUUAAUGGUACCUACCGUCGUCAGACAUGUGCUGGUAGCAUACAAGAUGCAAUAAUUAUUUUAUAUACUUAGAAAAAAACACUUGUUUAAUUACCUAAUUGUGAAUAGCUGUCUUGGAGAAUUUAACAACUGGAGACGCCUUGACUGUAAUUUUCUGUACAAAACAGUUCUGCCGAUUUUUGCGGGGGACGCCACGUCAAAUGUAUGGCUAUUCGUAUUACGUAACGUACAAAUAACCGCCAUGUGAAAUAAACGUCAGUUCAUACAAUACAUGACCAUUGGCCGAGGUUUUCGACAGAGGAGUAAGCUCUUAAAGGCAACUCCGGUUGUUAAAUCCUCCAAGAACAAUUUUUAAUCAAAAUUGUAAUAGUUUUUUUAAGAACUUUGUAGUAUUUUAUAUAACAGACAGAUUGGCUUUGACUGGAACUAGUACGAGUUUGAGUUUUUUUUUUUAAAUAUGACAUGUGCAACAAAUAUCUAUAAUUUUAGUUGUGUUCAAAUAUGUUUGUGUUUUUAUUAAUUGUAAUACUUGAUCUUAGGUUACUACAAUUAUUAAAUCUGUGUUAGAGAAUCACAA